AUGCCGUCAAUGGACGACCGUAUUCAGGAGGAUCUCUUUAAUAAAGAAAACACUCUCUGGACUUCCCUGACAUCUGCUGAGCCAGGGCCGGCGGUUCAGAAAUUGUGCAAUGACAAUGUCAACAUGAUACUCCCGCAGCUGCCUAUCCUUACCUUGAAAGACGAGUCUGGUUUCAGUGACGCCUUGGCGCAGCCGUUUCGCCGAUUCGAAUCCUACCACCUGCAAGACGCUCAAACUAUCAUUGUCGGACUUAUGGCGGGUAUCGUGACGUAUAAGGUGCGUGCCAUGAGGGAGGGGAACGAGUACCAAGCCACGGCUUCAAGUACCUGGUGUCAGGAUUCGGAUGGCGAGUGGCGGCUUGCCUGCCACCAGGAGACCUUACAGUAG